AAUAAUCAUCUUCCUGGACGACUAAAGUUGAUAGAAAAGAUGUCUCUUGUGACUGAAGAGAUAAAAGCCAGUGCAUCAGAGAUUUACCAUGGCAACGAGAUGUGCCAAGAGAAAUCCAAGUUUCUGCUCCAGGAAAUAGGGCUGCCGAGGGGUCUUCUGCCGUUGAAAGACAUCGAAGAAUGUGGGUACGUGAAGGACACUGGCUUCGUGUGGCUAAAACAGAAGAAGAGCAUCACCUACAAGUUCGAAAAGAUUGGGAAGCUCGUCAGCUACGACACCGAAGUCACCGCCGUGGUGGAGAAGAACAAGAUCAAGAAGCUGACGGGGGUGAAGACGAAGGAGCUGUUGGUGUGGAUCACCCUGAGCGAUAUCUACGUGGAUGAUCCGCCCACUGGGAAGAUCACUUUCCAGACCCCGGCGGGGCUUUACAGGAGUUUCCCUGUAUCGGCUUUCGAGAUCGAAGGUGAAGUUAUCAAGGAGGAAAAACAAGUGAAUGGUGAUGCUGUGGGAGUGAGAGGUAUAGAGACAGAGGGCCUUUCAUCAAUGGAUAUCAUUAGCAAUAAAUAA